CAAAUCUUUCACGGAUUGUCCUCUCGCUGCACGUGAGGUGACGGGCGCUGCCUUUUUCCUUCUCUGUUGCUGCACCAACACCGACCACCCAUCAACAACACACACAAGACCAGCCAUGAAGCUUGAGCUGUGCAGCUUCUCCGGGUACAAGAUCCACCCUGGCCACGGCCGUACCCUGGUCAAGGCCGAUGGCAAGACCUUCUUCUUCCUCGGCUCCAAGGUUGAGUCACUCUUCUACCAGCGCAAGAACCCCCGCAAGAUUGCCUGGACCGUGCUGUACCGCCGUAAGCACAAGAAGGGUAUUGCCACCACCACAACCAAGCGCCGCACCCGCCGCACUCAGAAGUUCACCCGCUCCAUUGAGGGUCUCAGCAAGGAGCGCAUCCUUGAGCUGAAGAACCAGUCUAAGGUCCAGCGCCAGGCCGCUCGCCAGCAGACGGCACGGAAGGCACGCGCCAAGAAGCAGGGCAAGUAAACGCAACUGCCGCAUCAGUGUUAAAACGAGAAGCAUAGCUGCGUCGCAACCCCUUUCUCUCCAGUUUGGCCACGAUGUACAUGCACUGGCCAGGUGGAGCUGACAUGGCUGUGGCGCUGUGGCUCUCCGAUUAAUCGAGUGGUCCUUGUGUUUGUGUUUGCAUCGCUAUGUUUGUGCCUGCCUUGCCUGCUGCUUCUGUGUUCGGUCGAUUCGCAUGUGUCGUGUGGUGGCGAUGGACGUUGUUGCUGCACGCACUGUUUGUUGUUGGUGGGGGCUGACGACGAGCCAACGGUGUAUAAAACACAUCCACCAUACACAUCAGCAACGGCA